AUGACAGGUCCGUGCGGCGGGGGGGGGCGGCUGAGCUGGGGUUUUAGGUGGGCAGGCCCGGCGCCAGGCCUCGGCCUGGGUUCUACCUUGUCAUGGGGCGCCCCAGGAACCCGAGUGUGGCCCUGCCGGGGCCGAGGGGGCGUGAAUACUUUUUCUCCUGAAGGAAGAUUAUUUCAAGUGAAAUAUGCCAUUGAACCUUUAAAGCUUGGUUCUACAGCCAUUGGGAUCCAGACAGCAGAGGGUGUGUGCCUAGCUGUGGAGAAGAGAAUUACCUCCCUACUCAUGGAGCCCAGCAGCAUUGAGAAAAUUGUAGAGAUCGAUGCUCACAUAGGUUGUGCCAUGAGUGGGCUAAUUGCUGAUGCCAAAACUUUAAUUGAUAAAGCCAGAGUGGAAACACAGAAUCAUUGGUUCACCUACAAUGAAACAAUGACAGUGGAGAGUGUGACCCAAGCUGUGUCCAGUCUGGCUUUACAGUUUGGAGAAGAAGACGCAGAUCCAGGUGUCAUGUCUCGUCCUUUUGGAGUAGCACUGCUGUUUGGAGGUGUAGAUAAGAAAGGACCCCAGCUGUUUCAUAUGGACCCAUCUGGAACCUUUGUACAGUGUGAUGCUCGAGCAAUUGGCUCUGCUUCAGAGGGUGCCCAGAGCUCCUUGCAAGAAGUUUACCACAAGUCAACAACACUGAAAGAAGCCAUCAAAUCUUCACUCAUCAUUCUCAAACAAAUCAUGGAAGAGAAGCUAAAUGUAACUAAUAUAGAGCUAGCCACAGUGCAGCCUGGCCAGAAUCUCCACAUGUUCACAAAGGAAGAACUUGAAGAGGUUAUCACGGACAUUUAA